GGGGGGGCAAGGGCAGGCAAGGGUUGGCUAGACGACCCUCGCCACUCGUCUGACACACAGCACUGAAGCAGAGAGACGACGAGUGAAGCACGAGUGACCAUAUGCAUGCAAGCAUGGUAAUGGGGUUGGUGUGGGUGGUGAUCAUUGCGAGCGUGUGCAACUACGCAGUGGCCCUAGAGACCUCGGAGCAGUGUAUCAUCCACAACGAGUGUGGUGCGUGUCUGCUGGAGCAGCAGGCGAGCUGUGGCUGGUGCGAGGUGGAGAGCAAGUGCUCUGAGCUCAAUCCCGAUGGAACCAUUGCCUGCUCCCGUGGUCAGGUCAUCUACACUGGCUACUGCCCCUCGGGCGAGGUGCCGCAAGAGUCGUUCUUUGAGCGCAAGGACUCGGACAAGGGCGGCUUUACCCACGGCUACGUCGGUCUGGCCCUCUUCCUCGCUGUCCUUGUUCUCUGGCGUAUCUUCCGUACCUUUAAGGGCCGCAGGGACAAGGCAGCCGGUCGUGCCCAUCGCAGGCAGGACGAGGCCUGGCGCGUCAUGCGCCAGUUCCGUGCACAGGUCGAGAUGGAGAAGCGCCGCAACAAGAAGCUCACUGACGCUGGCUUUAUCUACGACGUGCACUAUGACGAGCCGGCCGCCAAGCAUCGUGACGAGCUGGUCGACAUGGACGAGCACGUGACGCUCGGCGCAACGCCCGCUGGCGGCGUUGUGACAGGCUCCGGUGGCGUGGCCGCGCCCAAGGGCCCGCCGCCGCAGCGGUUCGAGAGCGACGACGGCGAUGUCGAGAUGACUCCGCUGGCCCGCGAGACCGAGGCCCAAAUUGCCGUCUCGGGUGCCGCGUACAUGAACUUUGACGCCGCGUCGUCGUCGUCGUACGUUGACGAGGCCGAGACCAAGCCUGCUCCGCCGCCGCCGCGUCGCGCGCCGCCUGCCCGGCUCCGCCGCCGCGACGAGUCUUUUUCGUCGUCAUCGGGUGGCCCGCCGCCGUCAUCGGACGACGGCGAGUCGGGCUCGAGCGGCUACUCUUCUCCGCCAGGCUCGGCCUCGUCGUCGGGCCCGCCGCCGCCGAUUUAAGGCUUCUCGAGCUCCCUGCACAUACUAGACUGUACAAAGUGAAAACUGACUUGUUU